AUGGAGUGUGUGGAUUGGCAUUAUAUAACUACGCCCUCGAGCAUCGAUACACGAUUGAAUAAGGCGAGAGAGGGUGGGACUAUGCUGUUCCGUGGCAAUUGGAGGGAUAUAGAUGAGAAUCAUGAGUUAUUACAAGCGCAUAAACCUAUAAAAUACACCACAAUCUUCUUGAUUAUAUCUUUUACUGAAACCUCUCUUGAACGGCAAAUAUUAGAGAAGUUAUCCAUCAUGUUUGCGGUUGAAAAGAACACAAACCUGGACAUUGGCGUGCGUAAUGGUGGUACGUUUACUCGGUCGGGAGUGUUGCAUACCACCAUCCUUCAAUCCAGACUUUACAUCACACCGCUCAUGUCGAGCCUCUCCCUCUUCCACACGUCACGUUAUCCACCUUCUUUAUAUUUCGGAUUUUCGAAGAGGUCACCACUUCCCGGUACCGAGAAUAGGCGCCACUUUAUGAAAAGCGCUGAGGUCUAG